AUGGAAUCAUUAACAUUAACAACAGAUGAGCGUUUCUUAGAUAUUCUAACAGUCGCAUCAGCUGUAUCUUCGACGCUUUCGAUUAUUGGUAUUUGUUAUAUCAUUGGUCGCUAUUGGUAUGCACGAAGAUUGAAAGCCAAAUCGCUCUCGGUCUACGCCGGUUUAGCUCAUCACCUUGAUGUGACAAAGGAACUUGUACACAUUAUUGCGUAUCUGGACCUGUUUGGUGCCACAGGACGUGCAUUUGGGAUGCUCCCAACCAAGACAUUUAAUCAGGAUAUUGGAGAACCCGUAACAGUCAUUUGUAAACUACAAGCUUCUAUCAUUACUUUCGGUGAUGGUGCUCCAAUUGCUUGGAAUUUUAUUAUGGCUCUUAAUUUAUACCGCUGGGUAUGUAUUGGCGAGGAUCAGCAAAUGCUGAUGCAGAAAAUUAAGUGGUAUAUUGGUGGCACGAUGCUCUUUGCCCUUGGCAUUCCCACCAUUUGCCUCAUUUUUGACAAGUAUGGGGACGCAGGCCUCUGGUGCUGGGUCGUUGUCAAGGAUGACAGAAUCGAAGAAAUUUGGUGGAUGUCGGGUGCACUCUACUUUUGGGUUGUCGCAGGUGGGGUCUCAAUGACCGUCUUCCUCGUGUUGGUCAAAAUCAAUAUGAAAAAGAGGCUCAAGACGUACGAGAACGACGAUGCGAAUGACGCCUACUACGCCGUGGUGCACAACCUUACAGUCUACAUUUCAGGCUUUAUCUUGUGUUGGCUUCCGGCCGUGGUGGAUCGCACUUACACCACUUUUACAGGCAAGACGUCGUUUACGCUGGAAUUUUUGCAUGCGGCCAUUGUACCGCUUCAGGGCUUUAUUAACGCCGUGAUUUACGGCAAGCUCCACAUUUGGGUCGUGCGUCAUGUAAGGGAGCCGUGGACGAGUAAUAGCGGUUUGCCCAUAAGGAAUAGCAAGCUCUCGGAGGACUUGUUGCCACAAUCGAUACAAUUACGGGAACAGGAGCGGCACAUGGGCACAGCAACUAUCUUUGUUACCACUUUCGAUAUGAACUGGGCCUCGUGUCCAACCAAUCUGGAGGACUGGAUACCGGCAGGAAAGGAUUUGUAUGUUUUUUCACUCCAGCACUGCGUGGAAGUGCAAGCCAUUGAGCAGGUUAUCCGAGGAUAUCUUCUGCAGGUAAAUUAUCCCACUGCCUACCGAUCCAUUACUUCGAUUGCAGGAACGGCUGUACGAGGUCAUGUUCAAGAUGCGUCAGUGUGUCAAAUCGUUUUUGUAAACAAUGCGGACGAUGCUAGCGGCAAUGUGAAGCUUGAUGCUGUUGAUGGGCGAAUCUGGGCCCAGCGAAAGACCUUUAAUGAAGUUGUUGGUAUCCCCAUCCGGUACUUCGACGCGUCCAUUGCAUUUGUCUCGUGCAAUCUUAGCACUUCGCUCGUCAACAGCUCGCAACGACUGCGUCGAGCGAGGGAAGAUAAUGUGUUUGCGAAGCAUGCAGUCGCGUCUAGCCUCAUCCACUCAUUCGGCAUGGAUGUAGACCGCGCGGCAGUGGACUUUCCGAAUUUAUACCAUCACACAAUUAUUUCUGGUAAUUUGAAUUACGAUGUUGCCAUGCCGCCUUCUGCACUAGCUGCAGCAAUUAAGCAAGCGUACAAGGCUAUGUCGCUAAAGAAGGCGACGGAUACGGCAAUUGAUGCACAGGUUAAGGCAAUCCGCAACUCUGCUUUUUACGCAAGUACAGCAAACAAAGCCAACGCCCAGCUUGACGACUUGGUGAUUGAGGAAGGCCGUGAGGGCUGGGGUCGUAGUAUUCAGCGAAGCAGUACCGGAGCCUCGUCGUUAGCAAGCGGUGACAGCGUUUAUGAAGAAGUCUGCACUUUUUGUGAAGAUGACGUUUUGUUUACGGAAUUAAAGUCGCCAACUCCUUCUUCAUGCCGAUCGAGUUUACAUUCACCGUUUCUAAAGGAACAAGACCGAGGCAUUUUGGCUAUUACCAUCCACGCGAAUAUUCAGAAGGCUGACUCACACAAGACGCCUCGACCGACCAACUGGGCCUCUUUCUUGGACAGCCAACUUCCGACACACUCUCUAAAAGGAAGAGAAAGAUUGUUCGCUUCAGCUAGCAAGUACCGCGCAUUGGCAUCUUGCAACCACGUCACACCGCGUUGCCAGAAGAAGAUUCGGGACCUGUUAGCUAAAUCGGAUCUUGUUACCGAAAAUACAGCUCGUAAAUGGCUUGAAGUCCUUCGUUACGAUGAGCUGCGUGCAUCAAUUGAUGCAAAGGAAAUAUUUACUGGUUUUGAAGAGCCUCCUAUCCAAUUUCUGCCAUCUUUUCCGCGUAAGAUCGGCGUGGCUGCUUCGUUCUCAAUGGUCGGAGAGGCUUCAUGCCAAGAACUGUUCUGUGAGGCCGAUGAGGAAAUGUUUGUCGGGGAUUCUCCACCUGCGUACAAGGACCGUAUUUUGGCACAUUCCUUGAACGAUACGAAGCAGCGAAUCAGGAAUGUAGGCUAUUGGUCUUGUGAGAAUAUCGUCACAUCUACCCACAAGCCGGUGUGCAGCAUCUACGAGCUUGAAAUCGACCGAUAUUUUUCAUAUAACAUGGAUGAAGCUGCAGUUGCAGAUUUACGACAAGGCAAUCAUGCUUUACGCGACAAAAGAGACGUGCACGAGUUCAAGAUUAAAUUGGUGAAGCUGGAUGCAAAUAUCUGGACGUAUGAGGAGCGUCACAGUGGCUCUGUUGUACAGUCCAAUGGGCAUCGUUGGCAUAGCCACGAAUCAAAUCACUCAAGUAGUCGAAUGCCUGGCAGACAAAGCAGCCGUGGUGCAGUCAAUUCAACUAGCACAAUCAGCAGCGGGAAGUCUUCUCGGCAUAGUGUUCGAAUAUCGAUUAGUCGAAGAAAGUCAUCGAUAGCACGUGUGGUCAGUCGUGUGCUCCGAAAGAGUCGGCUACGCUCUGGUACUAGCAGUACAAGCUCAAGGUCAACAGCACCUAACCAGUACUCAGAUUUUACAAUUGGGCCAGCGGGAGCACAACCUUUAGCAAUGACUAACGAUCGCCUCUCCGCUCUCGCUGCUUCUCGUCUUGAGCUUAUACCUGUAGAACCCGUGAGCAUUUCGACAAUUUUUCCUCUCCCGUCAGAGGAUAUCUAUGCUCUUCAACGUAAAGUGUAUGAGGUUGCACACUUGGUGCAGAACGGCUUUCAGUCCAGUGCUCGUAUAGAUGAUGAUGAGGAAUCCCAGUUAGCUUACACUAAUUUUCGCACGGUAGCGUGGAAGAAAGCAAUGACGAAUGGCGUGACGCACUCGGCCAUAACCAAAGCAGUAAACGGCGGAGUGCACAUUGCGAUCAGCAUUGAAGCUGAGAAGGGUCACGGUGGUCAAGGCGUGUUGUGCCUCAAAGAGUCCGACUUGAUGACGCAUGCGGCAUCCGUGCUCUCCGAGGCUGUGCCAAUUCCAUUUGACGUGACUUUGACGUGGGGAGGCAAGCAUGUGGGGUAUCUCCACGGCGAUAUUUUGUGCUCUACCUAG